UUAUAGGCAUCGGCUGGGGGAGAGAGAGAGCGCGCGCGUUACAGCCGCUCCUGCUUGAUAAGGAUAAGGAAGAGGAGAGGGGCGCUGGACGGCAUGGCAUCGAAAGACACCAUCGCGGCUGCUUUUGUCACAGUGAGCCGGGAAAUGACAGACAGCAUCAGACGAAUCAUUGAUAAAACGUCAAUCAAGUUAGUGAGAGCUAUCAAAGUAGAGAACAAGAGUGGCAAGUCCGAAGAUCGAAUUCUGGUUCUGGCAACAUGGCGGCUGUACCUCAUGUCCCCCAAGAUACCAACCAAGGUGGAACAAACGUUCAACUUCCUGGAGAUUCGGGCAAUGAACACCCAUCCAGACAAUCAGGUUGUCAUAGAAACAGACAAGUCCACGUAUUCUUUAAGACUGCAGUCUAAUGAACAUCUGGAUCAGCUGAUUAGCCACAUCAACUUUGCUCUCUCUCGGAUCUUCAACAACUCCAUAUACACUCCCUCUAUCUUUCAUGCAGAUGGAGACGUUACCAACGGAAGUCGUAAAUUCUCUCCUAGCUCUGAAAGUUCGGUAGAGACCCAAAAGGCAUGCGGGGGUUUCUCUGAGACAUAUGCAGCAUUGUGUGACUACAAUGGCAUAUCUUGUAAGGAGGAAGUGCAGUGGGAUGUGGAUACCAUCUAUCAUUCACAAGACAACAGAGAGUUUAACCUGUUGGACUUCAGUCACCUGGAAAGCGGGGACCUUGCCGUGAUUGUGGCAGCCAUGGCUUAUAACUCAUGGUUCACCAAACUUUAUUGCAAAGACUUGCGCGUUAGUUCAGAGGUCGCGGAGCAGAUUUUGCACACUGUCAGUAAAUCGAGCAGCUUGGAGGAGAUCACGUUGGAAAAUGCAGGUCUUAAAGCAGAUUUCCCACAGAAAAUGGCCACUGCCCUGUCAGAAAACCCAGCAUCAGUCAUACACUCCAUUAACCUGGCCCACAAUUCACUGGACAACCAAGGUGUGUCUAAUCUCAUCCAGCAGGUGUGUCGGCUGAGUAAAGGCUUGCGUCUGCUUAACCUCUCCAAGACGUCGCUCUCUUCUAAGGGUGUCACGUCUCUUUCUCAGGCACUUUGCUCCAGUGACGACUACUCCAACUCGCUUCUUCAUCUGGAUCUCAGCAAGAAUCCUGGAAUCCUGUCUGGAGAAGAUGCGACGAAUCUGUACCUGUUCCUGGCACAGCCGAACUGCCUGGUGCAUUUGGAUCUGUCAGGCACUGACUGUACCGUAGACUCUUUAUUUGGAGCCCUGCUGCGAGGCUGCUGUGCUGAUCUCUCGUACUUAAACCUCUCCAAAAACUCCUUCUCUCACAGGAAAGUGAGAGAGACUAUUCCUUCUUUUCGUCAGUUCUUCAGUUCAGCUUUCAGCCUAACUCACAUCAGUCUGGCUUCGAUGAAGAUGCCCCCGGAUGUGCUGAGGGCUCUCUUUCUUGGGCUUUCUUCCAAUCCUCACAUCACCGACCUGAACCUGGACAUCAGUGGCUGUGAGCUCAGGUCCGCAGGAGCAGGAAUAAUACAGGAUCUGUUCCCUAGAGUCUCCUGCAUCAGCACACUGGACAUCUCAGACAAUGGGCUGGAUGCUGAUCUCCUCUCUGUCAUUCCUGCAUUCUCCCGACACCCAUCUCUCAAACAUCUGCUGCUGGGCAAAAACUUUAACAUCAAGGGCAGGGUUCUGGAUGAGGUUUUGCAGAAACUAGUGCAUCUAGUGCAGGAGGAAGAAUGUGCCCUGCAGAGCCUUUCUCUGGUUGACUCCCGGCUGCGUUCACGUGGGACGGUGCUUGUGAACGCUCUCGGCAGCAACGCUUGCCUGAAGAAGGUGGAUCUGAGCGGAAAUGGACUGGAGGACACAGGAGCAAGGAUGCUCAGCAAAGCCAUCCAGAUCAACACCACACUCAGAAGCGUAACAUGGGAUCGAAAUAACACAACUGCUACAGGUUUCCAAGAUGUGGCCCGAGCCCUAGAACAUAACUUCACUCUGCAAUACAUGCCCAUCCCUCUCAGUGAUGUCACACAGGCGUACCGUAGUGCCCCCGAAAAGACCGAACAGGCUUUAACUAAGAUCCAGCGGGCUCUGUUAAGGAAUAACCAAACCCAACGCUUUUCUCAGAAACAAGCCCUCCGGUUACAUCAGGGUCUGGUCACAAGUACUGCAGAACAGGUGAUGGAGCGUCUGUGUGUCCGUGUGCAGCAGCAGGUGUGUGUGUUGAGAGGAUCAGGUGAAGGAGAGGAGCUACAGGCUGCCAGACAGGUCCUGAAAGAGGCCAGGAAUUCACGAGCUCUAUACCCAUCUCUUUGUGAACUGGCCCAUGUGCUGUCAGUAGAUGGACCCGUGAGACAGAAAUUGGACUCUCUGGCUGGAGAACUAGCCAAGGCUGCUGAUAAAGAACUGCAGGUAAUCGUGGACUCCAUGGUGUCUUUGUGCCGUGAACUGUGUCCGCUCUCCUGUGCUGCAGCCGAGUGUCUCUCUCCCCCCCUCUCCUCCAUCUCAGAGCGUGUGUCCAUCCCUCGAUCGUCCAUCCGCACCGCACUGAUGGAGAGAGCGGCCCAGGACAUCAACAGGGCUCUGGAGGAGGUCAAGUUAUCUGUGGUGUCCUAUCUCACCAACUCUAUAGUGGACCAGAUCUUACAGGAACUCUAUGCCACGCACAAAACCCUGCUCCGGCAAGUUUCUCAGAUGCGAAGGCUGGAAGACGGCGGAACGGCCAGGCGCGCGCACAGACACGUCGACAUACUGGACGUGGUGGAGGACGACUUCGGCAUCAGCAUAGACACAAUUGCCAUUAAGAAACGCAGCUCCAGGACCAGACGCAUCCGUCCCGUGUCCAACAGACUCAGUCUAGGUGACGACCCUAACUCCUCACCAUUAGUCUCCACUCCUCAGACAUCUGCUCCCAUCUCACGCUCGACAUCAUGGGAAGGUCUCUCCACACUGCCUACCCAGGGCUCACCUCUGCGUCACGUGACCCACGUCAGACCCCGCCCACCACGGAAACACAGAACAGCACACGCUCCCUUUGAGACACACUGCUCCGAGAACGGAGGAGUAUCUCUAUUGGACGAUGGACUGCCUGAUUUCUACACCAAGAGAGUUUUAGCAGACAGCAGUCAGCUCUCUUCUCACCAUCACGCUCAGGCUUUGAGGAGGAAGAAAAGACGUAGCGUGCUAUCCAUCUUUUCAGGAUUCAGGAAGAACCGUAACUCUACCAUAUCCUAUCAGGAGCCAGAACUCACAGAAAGGGGCGGGGCCUGCGGGGACGAAUGUCGCACUAACAUUGCCACUGAGAAUGUGUACUCCCUGAUUCAGCAUCCCAAGGAUCGUGGGAGAUUAGACCCUGAGGGCACCAAUGGGAGGCUGGUAGGGCACGGUCUCCAGAGAACUCCUCAGCUGUCAGGACGGGUCGUUCAGGGCAUACCCCUGCCUGGAAUGAUGGGAAUGAGCCCCUCUUGCUUCUCACAGAGACAGUCCCCCGAUUACAGCGAGGUGUUUGGCUCUUCUGAAGAGAUCGCAUACGCGGAACACGAUUCAGACCGACAUUCAGAUAUCAUGACUAAAGGGUCCACAGACAGACAGACAGAACCAAUGAGACAGGAGUCACAAUCAGACAGCCAGAAAAAAUUAAACAGCAUAACGGACUCUCAGCUGGUGGAAACCAGAAAGAGACCUGAGCCGCCACCUCAGAGCUUAAAGCCGAGCUUGGCUAAAACACGGCAGCGACAUCUGGAGGAGAGCUCUGAUAAAUCCACCGAAGAUUCUGGAGAACUGAGAGAAAAAGAUGAGGAAAAAGAGGAGAGAAGAUGUGUAGAGCUGAAAGAUCACAGAUCAGAAAGACAAACUCCACCCAUCCCUGAAAAGCCAUGUUAUUAUUCACCACACACAUCUUCCAAUGGCUCCCCACCACAUGAAGCGGACAGUGAGAACAAGGCACCGCCUGAUCCGCCCAUUUCUGCCAAGCUUGGAUUUUAUUCCACUUCAGUAGAUGUUGCUGUACUUCAAGGUGAGGAAGUAAAAAGCAGCCCCGUGGGUCCCAUGAAACCAUACCGAAACAGGAAAGCAAACUCAUGUGACACAGGUAUGGAACAGGAUAUCAGAUGUGAUCUGGAAAGAUCUUCAGAUCGCAAACCCCCCGUGAAAAAACCCAGACUCCCUCCAAAACGAAAUAAAUCUUUGGAUUUUCCUGGUCAUCAGAGUUCGGAGCCAAGCAACGCUGAGACAUCACGACAACCAUUUGAGCCAAAGCUUUGUGAAGACAGAGAGUCAUUGUGAUGCUGAGAGGCGAGAGAGCGGAGACAGAUUUGAUCUACUGAAUAGAUGAACUUGAACCUCAAAGAAAAUUCAUAAAGACUCUUGUUUCCAGCUGUCAAUCAAUUUCAUAUUGUUAUUUUACAUACACAUACACACACACACAUAUUCUUGCUUACUCAAGUGACCUGUUUUGCUUUCCUUCCUGCUAUAUCCAUUUUUACUUAACAUUCUGCACUAUCAUUCCUCCUUUUAUUUCUCUCGCUCGCUCUCCGAGUCUGCUGACAAUCUUUGACUUUAAAUAACUUUUGCUAUUUAUCUUUAAAAACGAUAGAAUGAUAUUUUGUAAAGUAUAAUAUAUAAACAGAACAAAUAUUUGCACUAAUCAGCGCUUGAAUUAUGUUCAUUAUUUUCGGUGGAAUUGAUUUUCUCUCAUGUCUAACGUUACCGUGUGAAGUUUUGUAGUGUACGACUAACCUAUUCUUAUUGUUUUUAUUGACAAUAUCAUGAGCAGUAUUCCUGUUGUCUCAGUCGGCAUUGUUUAUGCAACUGGAUAAAUGUUUAAGAGUUUGCUGGCCCUAAAUGAGCUUUAUUUUCUACUAAAUGUGAUUGAGUGAAUAAAAAUGGAGAACUACA